AUGUCGCUACAACACCCUAAGCUUCAGUUUCAUGUGUUUUUCAAUCCUCAAGUCUCAUUGCUUUGCAAGCAGUGCCUACGUGAUGAAAAGGCAUUGGUCGAUGUUUCGAUCUACUCCUUAAACCUUCUUCUCUUCCCGUUCGAGAAUGACCUUGUUUCUCAAGAACUCUCGGAUUGCUGCUAUCGAAUGUUUUCCAAGAAGGAUCGAACCGCCUAUUCCUCCAUCCUGGAAUCGAUCCGCGUGCUCCAAAGCAAGAGCGGAGGCAUCAGCGAGAUUCACGGCAUUGGCGACCGAGCCGUAUUUCUGCUCGAAUCGAUCCAAAAGCAAAAGAACAAGUUCCUGCAAUGCGAGACGGACGCGUCGAACCCUCCGAUCCGCCACUUGAUUUUAGUGGAUCGUUCGGUGGAUUUCAAUUCGCUGUUCGUCACGCCGCUCACUUACGAAGGCCUCAUCGACGAAGUCCUCGGCAUCCAGACGUCCAGCGUGAGCGUGCGAUCAUCCGUGAUCGGGAGACGAGGAGAAGGAACGGAAUCGGUUUUGCUGAGCAAUGACGAUUAUUUGUUCUCCGAAAUCCGGAACAAAAACAUCGCGGUGAUCCCGCAGGCACUCCAGAACAAACUCUACGAAAUGCAGAUGGAAACGUCGAACAGCGGAAGGAAACUCCCGUCCAAACAGGACUCGUUCGACCAGCUCCAAAUCCACCAAGGAGUCCAGAAAUCGGGGAUCUCCGAUUUGAUCACAAACGUGACGAACGGUUAUCAAUUUCGCCAGCGAUGGCAGAUGGAGCACGAGAUUUUGGAGGGAGAGCAGCUGCUGGAUUACAUCGUGGAGCGAAUCACGCUGCAGGACGCGCUGCCGCUGAUUCUGCGCCUGCUGGUGCUGUAUUCGCUGGUAAACAGCGGAUUGCGAGGGAAAGACUACGAUGCCGUGCGGAAGGAAAUCAUCCAGGUAGGGUCCGGGAAAAGGGGCGCAACGAAGACGUACGGGUAUAGUAACUUGCUGACGCUGUACAAUUUGGAGAGAGCGGGGCUGCUGGGGAAGCGGGAAGGCGGGAAAAAUUACGCGGCAAUUCGGAAUAAGCUGCAGUUGGUGAAGGAUGUGGGGGGCGAGAACGCGAAGGAAAUGCAGUGA